GAGCUGAGCAUGUUCAGUAGGCAUUGGGAGGGCCUCUUCUCCUCUUCCACCUCAGUGAGAAUCGCCUUUUGCUGAGCAGCCCCCGAGGUAGGCCGGAGGGCGAGGGGAAGAAUAAAGCCCACACGCACACACACAAAAAAAUGUCAAGGAGAAAGGGGGAGACGUUUGUUUGGCAGCCUCGGAUCCUGCCCGUUUAACAGCUGCCUUACAGACAGAAGUUCAACAGGUGAAGAUCGGAUGCAAACGAUAAAAACAGAGCUGUUGGGCUUCAGCCCGUCACAGAGCUGCUAAAACACUUGCUUGCUAGGCAGUUGUAUCUUCUGAUUUAUGUCUCCCCCCCCGCCCCCCAAAUACUUGCAGCCUGCCAUAUUUGGGUCGGUGGGGUGGGGGUGGGUUUUCCAAGCUGGAAGGUGCAAUGAUGCAGCUGCGCAAAGUCUCACCUGUUGAAUGCCUGACUGCCAUGUGACGGUUUAAAGCGUAGAAGCGUAGCCUCGGGAGGCACCAGUGAAGGAGGGCCCCUUGGCAAUGCAGGUGCCGACUGCUGGGGCCAUGGGGCUCCGAGAGCGGGUGCGAGAGGCCCUCAAGGCAGACCUCUUGGCUGCAGACCUGAAGUGCAGCUUCUUCGUCUCUGCCCUGCAGAGCUACAAGCGGGAUUCUGUUCUUCGGCCCUUCCCAGGAUUAUAUACCACGGACGAGACCAAGGAUUUUGAGGCUUUGCUUGCAGAUACAAAUGCCUUGGUGGGCUUGAAAGAGCUGCUUGAGUUGGCCCAAGACACAGGCACAAGAGGCUGGGAGUUGCUGGGCUGGGUUUUGUCUUCCAAGGCCCUGUGCAUACACAGUACAAGCAAAAAGGAGUAUAAGAAGAUCCAGGAGCUGACAGGAGUGCCCUGCGUCCCCGUCCCUGCACCAGACUUCCUGUUUGAAAUCACUUAUUCCAGUCAAAUGAAUGCCAAAUUUGAAGAGACCAAGGCAGGGCGAGACCUCAUCUAUGCAUUCCACGGGAGCCGGCUGGAGAACUUCCACUCCAUCGUGCACAAUGGGUUACAGUGCCAUUUAAACCGGACCUCCUUGUUUGGGGAAGGCACCUACCUCACCAGUGACCUGAGCCUCGCUCUCCUCUAUAGCCCCCAUGGCCUCGGCUGGCAGCAGAGCCUGAUGGGACCGAUCCUCAGCUGUGUUGCCGUGUGUGAGAUCAUCGAUCACCCAGAUGUAAAAUGCCAGGUGAAAAAGAAAGAUUCUAAAGAAAUAGACAAGAAAAGAGCCAGAGUGAGGAACAGCGAAGGGGGCGACGUUCCCCAGAAAUACUUUGUCGUCACGAACAACCAGCUGAUACGGGUGAAGUACUUGCUUGUCUAUUCACAGAAGCAGCACCGGAGGCCUGCUAGCCAGUCGUGGGUCUCUAAGCAUCGCUUCGCUAUCAUGAUGAGCCUGUAUCUGCUGCUGCUGGUUGCCAUCGGGGCUAGCAACUCCCCAGCUUUCCUCUACUAUUGGAACAGGAUUUUUGACUUAAAACAAUGAACUUGUGGGGAUGGGACAGGGCUGCCGACCCUCACCAUAUGCCUUAAUAUUGAGCGAUCUAAAGCCUUCAUGAAACCUUCCACUCUGAAGCCGGGGGGGCUCUGGGGGCUGGGGUAGGAUGUUUCAGCUGCCUUAACUUUCCCGGCACAGCUAUUUCAUAUCUCUCUGGUUUUGCCUUGCUUCUCUGAACACGAGUCAGGUAGGUGCACCCUCCUUAGUUUAAAGAUGGAGCAGGACGAUGCAGGUGAUUGGAAGGGCAGAAAUCCUGCAGAACAGGGACUGGCAAGGCUUAAGGGUGGGGUCCCAUGUCUGCAAUCACUAGCAAGAGCUUCAAUGCCCUGUGCAAGUAAGGGUGAUGUUCUUCAUCUCGAAUCUCCCCCUUGCACUCCUUUCUGAUUUGGGCAUUGGAAAUAUAUUUCCUGAAUUCCCCCCCCCCCCAAAAAAACCCACACCAUUUGAAUGAUGGAAGAACUGGGUCAGAGUCAGACCAGAUGCCCUUUUUCCCAGCAGCCCUUCUUACAGUGGCCACCUGUAUGCCCCAGUGAAAAGUCCAGAAGCAGGAUCCAGGUGCAACAGCACUUUCCUGCCCGACUUGUGAUUGCCAGAAAUUGAUGCUCAGAGGCAAUCCCUAGCUAGACGGACACAUAGUCUGACUCACCUAAGGCGCCUUCCUGUGUCCUGAUUUGGCCCAAGAACAUAAGGGCCCCGUCAGAGGAGGUCCAUCUGUCUGUUCUUGCAGUGUUCAACCAGAUACCCCUGAGAAGCAUGCAAGUAGGAAUGAGCGCAACUCUGAGUGUGAGAAGGAAGACGAGACCCUGUGUCCCUUUAAACCUGAUUUCCACUCCAGCAUUUGCCUGCUAAGUACCCAAGUCAGAAACAUGUUCCCAAUCUGAGAGCAAAGGCAUGCAGUCGGCAUCCUGUUGCUUCUCAACUGCUGGGCUGCCCCUUCCUUUGUGCUUUUCCCUGUGGACAGCCUGCUGCCGCCCUCCUUUCAGCUGGUUGGGGCUUAUCUUGCGGGAACACCUUCCUCACAGGGGGAGAAGCAUCUCUCUCCAGAAAGUCCCCUUUUCUCCAAAGCGAGGCGGCAGUGUGUGGAGCAGCGCCCACCCUGAAGCAUAGAGGCACAAGUGGCUAUCGGAGCAACAAUCUGAUCACCUGACUCAGGGGGACGGGACCCUGGGGUCCUCCAGAUGUUGUGGGGCUCCAGCUCCUAUCAUCCCUGACCAUUGGCCCUGCUGGGGGGCUGCUGAGAGUCCAAGGGCUCCUGUAGGAGCACUGGGUCUCCAUCUGGCUGUAGGAAAAACCACACACCGGUUGUGCACUGGAAGAGAUUUUGCAAAUGGCAAGAUCAUCUCUGCUGCAGCUCAGGAUGGUGGAAAAAAUAAGUAAAUGGACUUUGCAAAACAGACAGACCUUCUGGGUGAAUUUUGCAUUUGCCUUCCUGGUUUUAUUCUGUGUAGCAGCCGCUUUACAAACCACACACCAAGGGCAGUUGAUUCGAGUCCCCUCUUCUCCACAGGCCUUUGAUGGGCAAAUCACUUGUCAACACCAGCCCUCCAUUGAUAAAAUGGGAAUUGUGGCGGCCUACCUCGUAAGCUUGUUUUAAAGGCAAUUGCAAUAAAGACUCUCAUGCACUUUGAACAUU